AUGUCCCCAGCAAUUGCGUUGGCAUUCCUGCCACUGGUGGUGACAUUGCUGGUGCGAUACCGGCACUACUUCCGACUGCUUGUGCGCACAGUCUUGCUGAGGAGCCUCCGAGAUUGCUUGUCAGGAUUACGGAUUGAGGAGAGGGCCUUCAGCUAUGUGCUUACCCAUGCCCUGCCUGGGGAUCCUGGUCACAUCCUCACCACCCUGGACCACUGGAGCAGCCACUGCGAGUACCUGAGCCACAUGGGGCCUGUCAAAGGUCAGAUCCUAAUGCGGCUGGUGGAAGAGAAAGCCCCUGCUUGUGUGCUGGAGCUGGGCACCUACUGUGGAUAUUCCACACUACUUAUUGCCCGCGUCCUGCCCCCUGGGAGUCGCCUUCUCACCGUGGAGCGGGAUCCACGCACUGCAGCAGUGGCUGAGAAGCUGAUCCGCUUGGCUGGUUUCGAUGAGCGCACGGUGGAGCUCAUUGUUGGCAGCUCAGAGGAGGUGAUUCCACGCCUAAGAGCCCAGCAUCAGCUGAGUCGGGCAGACCUGGUGCUCCUGGCACACCGGCCCCGAUAUUACUUGAGGGACCUGCAGCUGCUGGAGGCCCAUGCUCUGCUGCCAGCUGGUGCCACUGUGUUGGCUGACCAUGUGCUCUUCCCAGGUGCACCCCGCUUCCUGCAGUAUGCCAAGAGCUGUGGCCGCUACCGCUGCCGCCUACACCACACUGGUCUCCUCGACUUUCCUGCCAUCAAGGAUGGCAUAGCCCAGCUCACCUAUGCGGGACCUGGCUGA